ACUCACACAGGGCUCCUGAUCAACAGGAGGAGAGAGCACUCAGAGAGAGUAGACACAGACAGAGAUAGUGACCAUUAGAGAAAGAGGAGAAAGAGGAGAGAGACCCCGAUGUUGUGGUUGAUUCAUCGAGGCAGUAGAGGCAGGAUGUGGGUCCUCAUCUGGGCAGCUCUACUUCUCUCUCUGACAGAGAAAACCACGUGCCCAACUCUAACCCAGAAGCCCUCAGUGUUGACUCCUCCUCUGACAGAGGGAGAACCAGCGACCCUGACCUGCACCGCCCCAGGAAUCGGCUCUGGAUCUCCUCCUAAAAUAACAUGGACAUGGAGAGGGACAGGAGACAACAUCACUGAGCUUCGAGACAACACCACCACACAGAGGAGAGAGGACCUGACCAACGUGACAACAACCCAUGAUGGUUAAGUGUCAAGUAACCUUCCAGAAAACAUAUACAAUUGAAGAGACAGUAAUUUUGAAUGUGUCAUAUAAGGAAUGGGAAGACAUUAUAGCUAUGCUGUCGGACCUAAAACUGAUUGCUGCAUUUGUGAUUGGUGCAGCCUUCUCAUCCACCAUCUGUUGUAUCAUCCUGUGUUUGACAGGGAAAUGUAAAAGGCAAAAAAAGAGGAUCCCAAAGGAUUCCAAAACCCCUUUCAUAAACCUGGAGAUGGUGACAUGUGAAGACCAACAGACGGAUGCAGGACAGGCUGUGGGGGGCGAACAGAACCCUCUGCAGUUGGAGCUGAGAGGAGGAGCAGAAAACGGAGGGACCCAGACCAGUGGAGCUGCGGGAAAAUUUGACACAAGGGAAGAACCAAAUGAAGUGGACUACGCCAGUAUCAACUACUCCCUGCUGAAGAAGAAGACACCUGAGGAGGCAGAGAAGAAGACCACCACCACAGAGUCAGAGUACGCCAAAAUUAAACAAGAGAAGAAGAACGAAGGGGAUGAAAAUGGAGGAGAGGAGAGUCGAAUGAUGAUGAUGAUGGGGAAGGAUGAGGAGAACGAGAACGGUAAGCCAGCAGCAGAGACAGAUGAGGAUAUAGCGCUUUACUCCAACGUCAAGGCUAUUAUGGGUGGUGGAGAGUGACGCAGAUAUUUUCGCUAGUAAUGUGGGGGAUAGCAUGCAAUAUUGUAUAGCCAUGGAUUUUUAUAUCAUUUUCUGAAUCCAGAUUGAAUGUUUUAUGAUGAUAGUGGGACUUUUGCUCAACUGAAACUACUGUAGUUUUGGUGUUGUUUCCUCAUGUGCAAAUCAAGUUUGAAUGUUUUAUGAUAAUACAGAGAAGUUGUUUAAUAACUGAAACUACUGUAGUUAAUAGUUUUGGUAAAUGAUUUAUUUUACAGCCCUGUGUCAGAUGGUACUGUCUGUAUCUGGUGGUUGUACAUUUUCAAUAAGAAUAUUUUCUAGUUGUACAUAGAAGCAAGUUUUGGUAAUGUUUUUGUAAUGUUUGUAAGGAAGCGUCAUUUAACUUUUUGUAACGAUUCUAUUAUGUCACCAUAAGGAAGGACUGACAUUGACGUGGUUUGGAAAAGUCGAGAGGUCAAACCAUUUCUUGUUUUUCUCCUCUUUUAUUUUUUUUUUUUUAUGGAUGGGGAUUUUAUGUAGUAUGUGUGGUUGUAACCAAUAUAUUUCUGUACAUAGAAUACUGAUAUACUGCAGUACAUUUUGGCAAAAUGCCAUAAAAAAGUCUCAUUUUGGGCUAGCCAGAGAGCUCAAAUUAAAUGGUUAAAAAGUACUUAAAAGUUGUGUACUAUAGAUGGGUUGGUUGUUUGGCAACCAAACAGACGAGUGCACAACUAUGGGGUAAAACAGACGGGUUGGUUUCGAUUGUUGACAACAUAUAAACUAUAUUUGAAAAUGUAAAUACAUUUGCACAAUGAGCACAUUGUUACAGUUUUUGCUUAGCUAGCUAGCAAAUGCUUGCCAUAUUAGCAUAAAGCACCUAAAAAACACAACACUAACUGAAACGAGCCACCGACUAUUCCCCAGAUGGCAGCUUUGUGUCAUUGUUGCUAGAUAUCUGGCCAUCCAGAAUCACCACAACAUGCGGUGCCCCAUUGAAGCGUAUGUAUCGUUUUCAUGACAUUGUCAGCGAACCCGUAUAUGAGAAUAUUUCUGUGCAUUAUUGCAGUAUUGUUUUAUAUUGAGGCACUACCUCACUUAAUGGCUUUGUGUAUUUUAAGUUGUUUGUUCUCAGAAAUCUGUGAAAAGAAUGUAUAAAUGGUGUAUUUUGUUUUAGCUAUUUCCAACCUACCAUCUCUUCAAAAUUCGUUCAACGGUAAUUAUAGGCUACCAAUGGUAUAAAUCAGGGAUGGGCAACAUUGAUGGGGGUGGAGGCCACAAUAAAUCUGAACUGAUCACGGAGGGCUCACGGGUCUGCAUACCCACAGCCAUACCCACACAUGUAGUCAGAGCCGGCCCUAUCCAUUUGGGGGCCCUAAGCAAAAUGUGGUUUCCCCCACUAUGCGAACACAACAUUUUAGGCCUCCCGUCCUGACAGCGGAGAGAAAAAAAUGCAUGUUUUAGAUUUAAUUUCCUGCAAUUCUACAGAUGUUUGCCAUGGGGCAUAGAGAACAUGUUGAUGUUUUUGAGCAAGUUUGCUGCUAUUCUAUCCAUUUUGCCAUACGGUGAAGAUAAAUGUUUGCGGUUUUUAAUAUAAUAUCUGAGUGCGAGUGAUCAAUGGGUCCCCAUCAACCAUUAUUACAACAUGUUUAUACUAACUUACCAAUCAACAACAACAACAACAUAAAUUGCUGACGUGGGCUAAUUGAGUGACUGCCAGUGACUGACAUAACAAGAGAAACUGCUGAUGCACAAGCAAAUUUCGAAAUUGCACAUUGUGUAUUCUGCUAUUCUAACUCUCAAAAAGUAAGUUGAGACCCCGACUGAGUUCCCCAGGGACCUCCCAGUGAUCUGGGCCCACACCUUCCUGCUGGCCUUGCCCACUCUCUCCCCUGUCCUGGUCACCCAGAAGAUGGAUGCUUUGAAGACCAUGGUCUGAGCCAUUCCUGUGCCCCUGGUGGCCUGCAUGGUGGAUGCCAUCAUGGGUGUGAGAAUUCUCACCAAGGCCAGGGCUUCCCUCUGUUUGUCCGUGGAGUGGUUGCCAGGGCAACGUGGCGUGGACCCUAUUUCAUGGACAUGAUUACCUGCAUAUGCACUUUGUUUUCUAAUUGUGAAGGAACCCAAGAUCUCUGGUAGUAACACAGUGAGAGAGGGUGAUACCCUGAAUCUG